AGAAAGCCCACCAUCAUCAUCUUCGUCAUCAUUACCACUCUUCUCUCUCUCUCUCUUUCUCUCUCUAUCUCUCUCAAAGUCGGCUUUCUUUCCCAUAAAGUCGUUCUCACUCAACUACAUCCCGCUGAUUGCUACACCCAACACUCACCUGAUCGAUUUCACAUACUUCCAAGUCUUCCUUUUCCAUCAUACUUACCGAUUUGAUGAUUGAUCGAUAACCCAUACGCCUCAAGGGAAGCUGACUGGCAUCGUCAUCCAGUGGUAAUCACUAAUCAGCAAUGGAUUCAUGCAAUUGCAUCGAGCCACAAUGGCCACCGGAUGAACUUCUGAUGAAAUAUCAGUACAUAUCAGAUUUCUUUAUUGCUCUCGCUUAUUUCUCGAUUCCGCUAGAGUUGAUAUACUUCGUUAAAAAAUCAGCGGUUUUUCCGUAUAAAUGGGUGUUUGUUCAGUUCGGUGCUUUUAUCGUUCUAUGUGGAGCUACACAUCUUAUUAAUUUAUGGACCUUUAACGUGCAUACGAGAACCGUAGCUAUUGUUAUGACAACUGCCAAAGUCUUGACGGCUGCAGUAUCAUGUGCAACCGCCCUUACGCUAGUCCACGUUAUUCCCGACCUGCUUAGCGUAAAAACAAGGGAAGUAUUCUUAAAAAACAAGGCUGCUGAGCUGGACCGUGAAAUGGGUAUCAUUCGAACCCAAGAGGAAACAGGCAGACACGUUCGAAUGCUGACUCAUGAAAUCAGAAGCACGCUUAACCGACAUACGAUUUUAAAAACUACGCUUGUCGAACUGGGAAGAACCUUGGGUUUAGAAGAGUGUGCGCUUUGGAUGCCAACACGUAGCGGUUUGGAACUUCAGCUUUCGUACACCCUUCACCAUCAGAACCCUGUCGGGUUUACGGUUCCGAUUCAGUCUCCUGCGAUUAAUCAAGUUUUUAGUACGAAUCGUGUGGUUAAGAUCUCUCCGAAUAGCCCUGUUGCUAGAUUACGACCGUCUUCCGGUAAAUAUAUGCCCGGGGAGGUUGUUGCUGUGCGGGUCCCACUUCUACACCUCGAUAAUUUCCAUAUCCAUGAUUGGCCUGAACUUUCAACAAAACGUUACGCGUUGAUGGUUUUGAUGCUUCCGUCGGAUAGUGCAAGACAGUGGCAUGUUCAUGAGCUGGAGCUUGUCGAAGUCGUUGCUGAUCAGGUGGCGGUGGCUCUUUCACAUGCGGCAAUUCUAGAAGAGUCUAUGCGGGCCCGGGACUUGCUCAUGGAGCAAAACGUGGCCCUUGAUCACGCACGAAGAGAAGCCGAGACUGCCGUGCGUGCACGUAAUGAUUUUCUCGCAGUUAUGAACCAUGAAAUGAGAACCCCGAUGCAUGCAAUUAUCGCACUUUCGUCGUUACUAUUAGAAACCGAUUUGACACCCGAGCAACGGAUGAUGGUCGAGACCAUUCUUAAAAGCAGUAACUUGCUCGCCACGCUAAUAAACGACGUAUUAGAUCUUUCAAGGCUCGAAGACGGUAGCCUUGAACUCGAUUCCGCUACUUUUAACCUUCAUUCUCUCUUCAAUGAGGUUCUUAACUUAAUAAAGCCGGUUGCAUCGGUCAAAAAAUUAUAUGUGACGUUGAACCUUUCUUCGGAUUUACCCGAGUAUGCCGUCGGUGAUGAGAAGAGACUCAUGCAAAUAAUUCUAAAUAUUAUCGGGAAUGCUGUUAAAUUCUCGAAAGAGGGCAGCAUUUCGCUUUCUGCUUUCGUGGCAAAACCGGAUUCUUUGAGGGACCCACGAGCCCCCGACUUUUUCCCGCUUCCUGGUGAUAGUAAUUUUUAUAUGCGUGUUCAGGUGAAAGAUACGGGAAUUGGAAUCAGUCAACAAGACAUUCCGAAGCUCUUCACGAAAUUUGCGGAGAACCAGUCAACUGCGAGUAGAAAUCCAGGUGGCAGUGGACUUGGCCUUGCCAUUUGUAAAAGAUUUGUGAAUCUUAUGGAAGGUAAUAUAUGGAUCGAAAGUGAAGGUGCCGGGAAGGGAUCAACCGCAAUCUUUUACGUGAAACUUGGAUAUCCACCACGUUUAAAUGAGUCCCGACUCCCAUAUACAAGACUUCUACCAAAAUUUGGGCAAACUUUUCCAGGACUCAAAGUCAUAGUCAUCGACGAUAAGGGGGUUAGCAGAAUAGCAACCAAGGAGAUUCUGGUGCAUCUCGGUUGUGAUGUAACCACGGUUAGCUCAGGUGACGAGUGCUUACAAGUUAUAACCAAAGACCACAAAGUUAUCUUCAUGGAUGUCGAUGGUUACAACGUUGCAAGACUUGUACAUGAUCAAUUCCUAAAACACCAUGAAAAGCCGCUCAUAAUUGCAGUUACCGGCAACACAGACAGAGCAGCAAAGGAAAGCUUGUUGAAGGUUGGAUUGAAUGGAGUUGUACUGAAACCGGUCUCGGUGGAGAAGAUGAGAGUCGCGUUAGCCGAGCUUUUAGAGCAUAAACAGGUGUUACAAUAAGUAUAACCAUGAAUUUCUCAUACCAAAAGGGAGGAAUUUUUGGCAGUUGUAGAUACUGUUGUGUGCAUGGAGUUUUAACAUGUUGAAUGGUGGACCCAAUUUGUUGCAUUUGUUAAACUUAAUUCUGUCAUUUGGAUUUUAUAGUUUCGUCGCAUUUAGAGGUAAUUACAUGGAUAA